AUGCCUAUUCGUCGCUUGGAUAGAGACGAUCUCAAGGAACUUUCAUUAGUUGAACCUGAUAAAUCUAUUAUUACUAGAAAUGCUAUAAAUGGGAGGUUUUCGAUAUAUAAUGAAGGUCCGGAUAUCUCUGCAUAUCCUGCAAAUAUACAUGAGGGGAAUGAAGUUAACAGGAGCGCAGUUAUGGGUCAAUUUAGUGAUAAUAUUUUUGCCUCAAAGCCAAGAUUAAGAAUACAAGAUAAUGAAGAUACAAAGUAUGGGGGAAUUUUCAAUGGCGAAGAGGAUAGGGAGAAUGGGUUUAAGAGACAAAUCAGAAACAAUAGAUCUUUAAAGAUUUCGCCAAUGAAAAAAGCUAUUUCUUUAGGAUACUCUUCAAAGAUAUGUAAACAAGAAGGUCAUAUGGUGGAAAAAUCUGAUUCAAGACAAAUAUCUAACAAUAGUCGAGUUAGAUUUCAUGAAGAUGUAGAAAUACAGAGUACUCCUUUGACGAAAUAUAUAAAUAGACCCAUGUUGAAUAUCCUAUCAAAUGCAAGUAAUGGUAGCAAUAACAAGAAAAAAAACCCAAGAACUAGAAUAUUUGAACUCAAAAGAGAAAUUGAUCAAAAUAUUCAAAUAUUAGAAGACUACAAUAAAGUAAUUUCAUAUAACAUUGGACACAAGAAGCGAGAUAUUUCAUUACCUGAGGAGAGCAGCACUAGGACAAUUAAGAUACAAAAUGAUAUUUUACGUAAUGACUUUAAUAGUAACAAUUAUAAUAAGAAUAACAGGAGACCAAGUUCAAUAAAUAUGAAAAGCAAUCAUGUAUACAUGACAAAUGAAAAUUCUUAUCUAGGUAACGAAUCUUUAACCAGUGCUGGAACCAUCCAUUCAAUUUCACCAUCGAUAUUUUCACAGUUAGAUCGAUCUUCAAUAGACGAAUCAAUGGUGAUCAAUACACAAAAUAAGAUGUAUCCAAAUAUGCAAACGCCUACUAAUGAACAAGAUGAAGUGGUAACGAAAAAACAAAUUGAUUGGAAUCUUGGUUCUAAUAUGAUUGAAAAGUUCUGUGUAGAAGAUAAUAUGUGGAAAACUUCAGUAGGACAUUGGAUGAUAGAAAAUUCUAAAGACGAUAGUGAUAAUUGUAUGCAGGUAACAUCAUCUCAAGAAACAAGCCGGCCUUAUUUAUAUGAAAUUCAAACGAUGAUUCUUAACUCAUUAAACAAUUAA